AGACUGCAGCUCGUUGCCACAGCAGGACGCAGAUAGCCUACCUGAGCCAUGGAUGCAGAGGAGGAACCCCAGAGAGUGCAGCUCCUGGACAUCAGCUCCAACUCGCCCCCGCCUGAGCCCGAGGGUGCGGGGGACACCGGGCAGCAGGUGAAGCCGCCGUACUCAUACGUGGCUCUCAUCGCCAUGGCCAUUAAGGACAGCAGAGACAAGAGAGAGACUCUCAGCGGGAUUUACAAUUAUAUCGUCUCAAAGUUCCCAUAUUAUGAGAAGAACAAAAAGGGCUGGCAGAACAGCAUUAGACACAAUCUGUCUUUGAACGAAUGUUUCGUCAAAGUGCCCAGGGACAAUGGAGGGGACCGUAAGGGGAAUUAUUGGAUGCUGGACCCCGCAUUUGAGGACAUGUUUGACAAGGGGAACUACCGGCGGCGGAGAAGGGUGAGGAGACCCUACAGACCCCCCAGCGUGCCUUAUCUGACCGGGAACUCCAUGGACUAUCCCGAGCCCCUCUACCUGCAGCCAUAUGUGAGCAACUCCUGGAGCCUGUCCCAGCCGAGCGGAUUCCCAACACCCCAGGUCAUCGCCGGUCACCCACGCAGCGUGUCUCCCAGCGGCCCGGUGAGCUCCUACUGCCCGCCCUCCCACUUCCAUCACACUCCAUACGGCGCUUACCACCACCACCACCACCCGCCCGUGCUUGUGCCCCACAACGGCUGCCCCUACGGCGGAGUGACCCAGCCCAUGAGCCCCAGCGGAGGCACCGUGUCGGUGGCGUGCAGCUACCAGACCCUCGCGUACGGAAGACAGGCGGAGGCACCGCUGCCAUAUUCGUUUGAGUAGGGUUUCAUUAUCAUUCAGCCAGUUCACGGACUAUGUUCACUUGUUUCAUCGUUGCGUCGGGUUGUCAUGCCUUGGUCAGGUGCUGAAGUUACCCUCACUGUUCUGUAGCUAUUUUAAUAAACUGUACAUUUGUUAAUGUGAAAUAAGCUUUUGGUUAAGGUUUUUUUUUAUAGGCUACAGUUAAAAAUGAGUUAAACCUAUGUUUUCUAUUUUUGCAUUUUUAUUUCUUUCUUGUUUGUUUUAUCAUUAUUACUGUAAAGGCCUAUUCGUUUGUAAGAAUAUUAUUUAUUUAUUUUAUUUCAUACUAUGGAAUUCUCUGGGAGAAGCA